AGCCAGCGAAGACGAACCUCGAAGAAACAAGCAGGCCUCUCCUCUCAUUGCUUCCUUGUUCACAAAAUGAUCCCAAAACAGAGCAAUUGAUACCGUCUCCCGAGCGAACUCAACGACAAUAAAACAGAGGAAGUUGCCUUGUGGCAUCAAGAAAAGCAAAACCAACUGCAAGAAGAGCCAAUAAGAGAGAUGGGGAAAGGGUGGAAAGUAGCUGUUGUUAUUGGGCUGACAGCGAUAAUAGCAAGAGAAAUGAACAAACAAUUCGGAUGGGACAAAGACGCAGCUCUUCAGCUAUUUGUUGAAUGGUCAAAUCGAUUAGGGGUAUGGGCGAUGCCUGUUUACGUUGGGAUUCACACAAUCACUCUCGCUUUCUGCUUGCCUUACGCUGUUUUCUUCGAGGCUGGUGCUUCUUUGUUAUUUGGGUUCUUGCCUGCUGUUUUAUGUGUCUUCUCUGCCAAGGUCUUAGGUGCCUCUCUUUCCUUCUGGAUCGGCAGGUUAGUUUUCAGGAGUUCAAGUUCAUCAAUGGAGUGGGUGCAGAGUAACAAAUAUUUCCAUCUCCUUUCCAGAGGAGUUGAACGAGAUGGAUGGAAAUUUGUUCUUCUUGCACGCUUCUCACCCAUGCCCUCCUAUGUUAUAAACUAUGCUCUAGCUGCUACAAAAGUUGGGUUCAUGAUUGAUUUUCUACUCCCUACAGUUAUUGGCUGCCUCCCAAGGAUCCUACAGAAUACAUCCAUCGGCAGCCUUGCUGGUGCUGCUGUUGCUGCUGUUGCUUCGGCAUCAGGCUCUAAAAAAUCUCAGGUCUUGUCUUACCUUUUUCCCUUACUUGGGAUAGUAUCAAGCAUCCUUAUUUCCUUGAGGAUCAAAAAGUACUCGACUGAUAUAACUAUGGUGGAAUCCUCUGCCAGUGAUUAUACUCUCGGCUCUAGUGAUGUUGAUUCGCAUCAGACCUUUUCUAGUAGAAAAGGAAGUGAGGGCCUGAGGAAAAGUCAAUAAAGGAAUCCGAUAUUGCCUGUUUACUUGAUCAGUACUUAUCCUCUUUGAUAGCAAUGAUUUAGAAUAUCUGAUCCAUUUUGGUUGCAA